CCCUUCCACACCCCGCCGCCCUUUAUUCUAAUUUCUAGGCAGUUUCGCUUCAUCUAUAACAUUCAGCAUACUCGAUUUGCACAAGGCGAUUACGACGAUACCCAUAACGGCAGAGGACGACGCUUGAUACACCCACCAUGGCAGACGCGUCGCGACAGACUUCCAACUUUCCUGGGAGGACAGUCGCUGGUUUGGAGAGACCAGGAAGUAGCGACCAGGACAAAGAAGAAAUAUGGAAGCCUAUGUUGGACAACAUAUCUAGUGGAAAACGAUUGCCCGAGAAGAGUCUCCUUGUUCUGGGUGGUACACCGGAAACGCAAAGAGAAUUCCUUGAAUCUGUGGCUACAGACAAUUCAAACCGGAGACCGCAAGAUAGGGGAAGGAAACCGCCAAUUGCCAACCAAUUUGCGCUCGGCUACACAUAUCAGGAUGUCUUGGAUACUGAUCACGAAGAUACUCUCGCUCGCCUCUCCCUAUAUCUCCUGGCCAACCCAUCCCCCUCAUUUACCCCUCUUAUAAAACCUUACCUGAACCCACGAACACUCCCGCACAUGCUAGUAGUGAUAUUGCUUGAUUGGAACCACCCAUGGCUAUGGAUACGGCAAUUGCGCGAUUGGAUUCGAGUGUUGAGAUCACUCAUCUUAUCACUUGAUGAUGCUUCGAAGGAAGUCUUGGAGGAAAACAUCUCUCGACUCCAAGAGAAAGGAAUGGGAAUACCAGAAGGCUCCAGUAGCAGCGCAACCGAAAACUUGAAGGUGCCGCUCGGACCUGGAGAAUGGGACGAGCCGCUGGGAAUACCUUUGUGCGUUGUAUGCCAGAAUGCUGACAAGAUCGAGGCUCUGGAACGAGAAAAGGGCUGGAAGGAAGAACAGUUCGAUUUCAUACUGCAAUAUUUGCGCACAGUAUUGUUGAAACAUGGUGCGAGUCUGGUGUACACCAUGCCAACCGCUCCUGGGUCGCUGCAAUUGCUUCUUCAUUCCACCCUGGGGAUCAAAUCGAUGCUCAAAAAGCAGGACCUGAAACACAAUGUGAUUGACCGAGACAGAGUACUAGUGCCACCGAAUUGGGACUCUUGGGGCAAGAUCCGCAUCUUGAGGGAAGGGUUCGAUGUCGAAGGUGUGAGCGAGAAGUGGUCCGUGGAUAUCGAUAUACCCCAGCAUAUGCGAGCUAUUAAAACCGAUGAUACUACUGCCGGAGCAGAGGAAGCCACUGAAAAUGGGCAUCCGCAGGAAGAGGAGGAGGAGAGAUCCUCAGCUACCUCUAUCUACGAAGAUACCAUUCGCAAUCCCGAGCAAGACUACUUGCUGGCCUCGCUGAACUCUAAACAAGCAAAUGGAAUCGAGGUCACAAGUGAAGAUACACAGGCGUUUUUGGCUGGCCAAGUCCUGAAGUUGGAAAUUUUACGUCGCGAAGAUGAACAAGAUCAGCAGAUCAAACAAGCACGGAAGAAGGAUGAAGCCGCCUACAGAACUUGGACCGAUGAGGCCAGUGGGGUCGUUGAAGAGCACAUAGGGCCGGUGCAAUUCAAUAUGGGCGGUAUCCAAGUCAAUGCUGACGAAAUGGUGAAGAGAUUACAGGACCGCGAAGCAAACCGAGCAGCUUCGCCGGAAACUCCUUUGACCCCACCAGUAAACGCCCAAGAUACUAAACUCCCGGACAAUGAUAAACUCGCUUCUUUCUUCGCCGGCUUGGCUAAUAGAAGCACUGGCAGUCCACGCGGUGCUUAACCUACAUCGCCUCCAUUAUCAUUCAUACGUACGGCAACGCUCUCUCUCCAUUUACGAGCCAUAGGGUACAGGCAAGAGCCAUGCAUUGCAUGUGGCACAGUUUCUUGUCGUCGUCGUCUACUCUCUUACGGAUUGUAUGGUUUUAUACCCAUUUCUGCAUAGUCUGCCUUGCAAGCCAAGCGACCAUAAUUCUGAAAUAGAUGUCAUCAUCUUGCUGA